CGAAAUCUCUACCAUCCAAACGUACACCGUCCUUUCGAAAUCAAGCCGUGAACCGUUCGCCCGAUCUAGCCUAGCCAUCCGGCGUCCUUCCGGCGCUCAAAUCUCGAAAUCCCUUCCGUUGAGGUCCUUGAUAGCGAUUCAGGACGAGACAGUUCCCCCCAGGUCUGCACGCAAGCGGCACCAUGCCAACACCAGUUCCAUCUCCAAGGCCGCGUCGAAAACGGCCGCGCUUCCCUCACCUUUGACAUCGAAGAGGUCGGUUUCCCGUAAAGCCACGGAUCAAUCGCCGCGCAGACCGACUAUGAUGGUCCCGAUGCGGCCUAAAACAGCUGCGCACGGCGCAUCCUUGGAUUUACCCAGCAGCGGAGGCUCGUCCCCAGAAGAAUCGGCCUCGGAGGAGGCGGACGAAGGUGACGAAUCUUCGGAUGAGACUUCUGAUUCUUCGGAUGCGGAGCCGACUCAUCAGGACCGCCCGUUGAAUAAAGCAGCCAGGAAAAUGCAGGAUGGCUACGGCGUCAAGACCGUCAAACGCGCCGCCGAUCCUCGGCCGCCUGCUCCUGCUCCUGCCCCUGCUCCUCCCAUGCAGUCUAAUAACGCUCAUGUUCUCGACCGCAAAGAUCCGGAAGCUUUUGAAAUGCUGGAAGCCGCUAUUGAGCGAAACAUCCUCCGCCAAGCCACGGUGAGGGCACGCCGCCCACCCUUGUUCAUGGUACGCAAUAUACGCAAAGAGUUCCUAACUGAGUGCCGCGUCCGCAAUCUCUCAUCGCAAGAAACCAGCCGCAGUGGGCAAGAAGAUCCUACGAUCGAUUAUACGGUCACGUUCCAGCUCGAGGACGCAAGCGCAUUCCCAAGGCCGCCUACUCUGCGCAAGACACUAGACGCAUGGUGCUGCCCUCUGUGCGACCUGCACGGAUCGUUCCCAACCAGGGAUAUACUCUCCCUGCACCUGGAGCGAACUCACUUGGACGUCAGAAUCCAAGCUACAAAACCUACCCCGUACAAGUGGCACAUCGAUGUUUACCUUCCAUCGGGAGAGAGCAGUGAGAGGACAAAUGACGACACGAGGGACAGUGACGGCGCAAUCGAGGGCGUCCAAGACGAACACAUCGAAAUCUCGGAUAUAGAGCCAGUCAAGACUGGCGGUUCGCAAGUCCACGAUAUCAUAGAAAUCUCGGACUCAGGCAACGAGCGAGUAUACCCCAACGCCGGUUCAGCCCCCAGCAAGGCGAUAGAGAUAUCAGAUGAUGAUUCCGAUGCGCCCACCACAAGCGAAGAUGAAGAGCGAAGGCUCGAAUUAUCCAUCGACGCACAGAAUAGCACCAUAGCUGCUACAGGUACAACUCAAAUCCAGGCCGCAGCAACGCAGAUAGCUCGCUCUCUGUCGCCUCUCGCCGCCCCUAAGUGGAAGUUCGACUGGGGGACAAGGGAACCCGUGGUACAUGCCAUGUCAAGCGUUCGGGCCGCUCCCGAUCCGACACCGCAACGGAAGACGCCGUCAAACAAGCGACCGGCAUCUCUGCCCGUGUACCUACCCGAUCCUCCCGAGCAUGAUCCCCUGGGGCCUGCUGCACAGCGGCCAUACUUGCCGUUCCCGCCGACGGAGCAUUACGAAGCUGACCCGGAGCUGAAAGCGCGGUAUCGCAAGGUCGAAUUCUCUACGCGCCCAGGUGGAGAAAAGAUAUACGACCUCAUCACCUGCCUGAGGCUCGACGAGUUCGGUCCUCUGAUAUGGCAGGUAGUCGACAGAGAGGAGGAGAUCUUCGAAAUGGACGAUGGGCGCGACGAGGACAAGGUCAUUUCAGCGCUAUGGGGAAGAUGGAUCAUGCUGAACAGGAAUGAGUUCGUGAAGGACUACACUAAGGGGGCAAAGACCUUCGUGGAACGAUAUUGGGAAAUGAUAUACAUGGCCGCUGGGUGGCGAGCUUUGCGCGCAUGGUUAUUUGUACUCCUCAGCAACAGAUUCCUCAACGUGAACGAGGUAUUACAGGUAUUGCGCCGGUAUGAGGAAUUGAUAGGUAUGGAUCACUGGGUGGAGAGUCCUUCCAAGAAGCGCGAGGGGAAGCUUUCCCUUGGGAUAUCUUGGGACAACCGUGCAGCUCCAGCACGCACGACUGCAACGGUGUAAAGUGGUUUUAGCUGACUUAUGCUGGAGUGAGCUAUGAUCGUC